CUCGUCGCUGCUGCUCAACCCGCAGCAGGUGCUCGCGCCGACCGCGGCGCCCGUCGAGCGGCCGCCGCCGCACAUGCCCCAGUCCCCGCCGAAAGAGCCCGCGCCGACCGCGACGCCCGACAUGCGGCUGCUGACACACCGGCUCCAGUCACAACCCGAGGCGCGAAGCUACGGCGCCGUCGAGCUCUCCCCGGGCGACCGCAUUCGAAGGAAGACCUGCGCCUGGCUCUUCGGCUUCGGCGUGAACAGUCCGAGCUUCAACGCCCCGGCCGCGCCCACCCCGUCGGUGCCGCAGAAGCGGAGCGAGCUGAGCGUCAGCGCCGAAGAGUACCGCCCCAUCUCCUUGCCCCACCGCUCGGUGGAGCAGUCGUCGUCGACGCCGAUCUUCAGCGCAAGCCAGGGCCCGACAUCAGCCAGCGGUCCUCAGGCCGGCGCCACCGACCCCUUCUCCGCGCCGGGUGGUAACGCCAGCCUCAACAUGCACGCCUCCGCCCUUCUGAGCGCUGACCAGGUGGACCCCCGAUCGUGGAGUCGGCCGCCGGCGAUUCCUCUCCCGUUGACGCUGGAGGAGGACCGAGCUCUCUGUCGCGUCAGCCAGCUUGUGCCAGGGGAUGUGGGCUCCGCGGAUUUGUCGGCGUGUAUCGUACGGUUGCUCAAGGAAGGCUGCGAUAUGGUUCGAGCGAGCGUGUUCGACGGAGUCAUAGGCGCCUUGCACUUUGUCAUGGGGAACCGCGAGUGGAGCGUCGUCUUCAUCGAGCUGCUUCUCGCGCGAAGGUUCGACGAGCUCCAGGCCAUCGUCCAUGUCGCGUGCGAAGGCGAGGGCUUCCUGAAGAGCAUCGCGAAUAAGGGAUACGGGGUGAGAUCUCUAAAGAAACUCUUCGAGGCGGUGAGGCUGCACGCCGGACUGCGCCAGCAUCUCAUCAAUUGCCUCCUGAACGAAGGCCUGGACCUGUUUCAGCACAGGAACGGCCCGGAUCUGCUUGGCAGUAUCUUCGCCAUGUUUGCUUGGGAGGAUUCUUCGAUUGUCAUCCGGCAUGCCCUUAACAACUCCACUGGUGUGCUCUGGUCCAAGUUCGGGCCGAAGUCCAUGGUGAGAUGCUUCACGGCCGCGAGAAACCCCGAGCUCCAGGACCUCGAGAAGAUCAUCUUGAGCCACACCGUUGAACUCGCCAAGGGAAAAUUCAGCACCUACUUCUUGCAGAAAGUCCUCAAGCACGGCGGCGACCUACUCAAGGAGAGCAUCACGGAGCGCGUCAUAGAGCACCUGGUGAGCCUGUCCUUGGACAAGUACGGGUCCCACGUGGUACGGGCGUGCUUCAGCCAGAUGGGGUCCCGCCGCCUGACGCUGCUACAACGCGUGUUCACGGAAUUCCGGGGCCUGUCCGACGGGCAGCUCGCUCGGCUGGUGCAGAACUGGUUUGCCAGCCUCGUCGUCAGCGAUCUGCUCAAGGCCGGCAAAUGCGAGUCCCCCGAGGAGACGGUGGCGUUGGCGCGGAGGAUCCAGAAGCUGCCGGCGGCGGGCCUUGAACAAGUAGACCAGACUGCGCCCGUGAGGAUAGUGAUGGAGGCCGUCAGGGAGGUGCUCUCCUAGCAACCUCUGCACUAUCCGGUUUUGUUCUGUUCAUAGCGCACCAUGAAGCUUGCAAGUACGUGCGCGGGACUGUAGGAAGGUAGUUAGGCUCACGGUCUUUCAGAUAUCUGUCUGUCUGUCUGUCAUGUUGCCCAAGGAUCAUGGAUGUGCCAGGCCGUGCUACAAAGCGGCGCUGCGUGUCGUGUCACUCGUGUGUGCUGUGGACUUCAGCUCGUGUGUUUGAUUGGAAGCUGAUUGUCCACGGCUUGGUUCUGUCCAGUAGUUUGCUCCGUGCAAAGGCACGACAUAACUGUUGUCCACAGCUCCGAUUGGUUUCAUGAUAAAAGGCAAAUUGU